AUGGAACUGCUCAUAAAAAAAGGAGCCGUCAUUGAUAGUACGAAUCGCGGACGCUGCACACCUUUGCAUGUCGCUGUCAAUAAGCAGUUUCCUGCUUGUGUUCAGAUGCUCCUCAAAUACGGAUGGGACGUCAAUGUUCAAGACUCGUACGGAGACACGGCCCUGCACGAUGCAAUCGGCAAGGAAAAUGCGGAUAUUAUAGAAGCUUUAGCUUCGGCAUCAGCUGUCGAUUUUACACUGAGGAACACGCGGGGUUUCAAUGUUCUUCAUCACGCCGCUCUCAAAGGGAAUUAUUUCGCGGCGGAGCGCAUUUUGAUGCGCAGUCGACAGCUGGUGGAUGUGAAAAAGGAUGACGGAUUCGUAGCCCUUCAUUUAGCUAGUUUGAAUGGCCAUGUUCAGAUGGCCUUUCCCCGAUUAAAAUGAAUCGGGGCCGAACCUACGAGUGAGACAAAAAUUACCAGUAAAGGAGGAUCGCCCGAACAAUCGUUGCCACCUUCCGUCGGCAUUGAAUGCAUCGUCUGCUGUGAAAAUCCGCCGG